AUGGCUAUUUUCGCCUCUCCGGAAGCUGCCAUUCCCGCAUGUAAGAUACAAUUCUUGAUUCCCAUGAGUGAUCUGACGGAAGGACAGGAUAGCUCGUUCUUUCUUGGCAGUGCGAAGCAGUUUCUCAACGAGCCGUUCGGCGUUCCGAAUCUCAGAUGGCAGAAAAGCUUCAGCGAAGGAUUAUAUCGCGUGUUCUUGGGUCCGAUGACCUUGCUUGUGGCAACCAGCCCGGCCGCGCUAAUUGCAGUCACUGGCAAAGGCAACGUUUGCGAGAAGCCAGCUCAAGUCCGGGAGGGGUUGUCGACAACCAUUGGACAUGGGCUCGUUACUGCGGAAGGAGAGGAGCACAAGAGGCAACGCAAAGUGUUGAACCCAGUGUUUCGUGGCGAGCGAGGCGUGCGUACGAUGGUCCCAGGAUUCUGGACAAAAGCGAUGAGAAUGCAAGCAGAGAUGGAUGAAGUCGUUCCAGAGUCCGGAGACACUGUCGUGGACAUCUCAAAGGCGAUGAUGCGCGUUGCGUUUGGCAUCAUUAUGCAAACUGUCUUCGGUAUUGACAUCGAGAAAGAUCCUCAUCGCGAAGAGAGACUGCUGAAAGCUUGGGAAGCCGCGCUACUCCAUGGCGAGAAGCAGAACCUGCUCGAAGCCUUCUGCGAGGGUGUCCUGCCGCUUUUCGUGUCGCCAAAGUACACGGAUUGGCUCCUCCGGCACACCAAAAGGAACCAACGAUCCAUCAAAGGCCGCCAAAUUCUCCGGAGCUCUGUCCUGGCGCAGAUCCGUCAGUCGAAAGAAGAUUUCGCGUCCGGCUCAAAGAAGGCCGACCUUGUCCAGAUGAUGCUCUCAGGCGGUAUGUCGGACGAGCUGGAGAUGCAGGGACAGUUGAUGACUAUGCUGUCUGCAGGCCACGAGACCACCGCCGCUGCUCUGACUUGGGGACUGUAUGCUCUCGCUGCCGAUUCUGCAGUCCAAUCACGACUGCGCGAGGAGAUCAAACACAAUCUUCCCGAGGAGGAGGAGCUCACAGCUGAGACGAUGGACACUCUCCAAUACCUGCAUGGCUUUGUCAUGGAAGUGUUGCGUUUGUACCCCAGCAUCAUGCAAACUGUGCGUGAGACCACCGAGGACACAUUGAUUGAUGGCACGAUGGUCCCUCGUGGCCAAAUGAUCCUGGUCCCCAUCUAUGCUAUCAAUCGGUCGCCACAGUUCUGGGGCGAGCAUGCCGAACAGCUUGAUCCAGAGAGGUGGUCGAACAUGAGCACAAGUGGUGGCACCGCAGCAGCACCAUCGAUCGAAGGUAACGUCACCUUCCAGCACUCCUCGCUGCCUCGAGACAGCCAGACAUGGUACAAAGCUGUCGGCGAUUUGUCGGACCAAUCCAAGGUACCUCUUGUAAUCCUCCAUGGCGGUCCUGGCGCGGGCCACAACUAUCUCACCAAUCUGGAUACUCUGACAACGGUUCAUGGAACCCCGACCAUCUUCUAUGACCAGAUAGGCAACGGCCUGUCGACCCACUUCCCCGAGUACCGACUCAAUGGCACCUUCUGGACAACCGAUCUCUUCGUCGCGGAGCUUGAAAACCUCCUGUCCCAUCUGGGUCUCGGGGAAGAUAAGCCAUACGACAUUCUCGGCCAAAGCUGGGGAGGCAUGUUAGCUUCGUCGUUCGCGACGACGAAACCCAAGGGGCUCCGAAAGCUUGUUAUCAGCAGCUCGCCCGCAAGCAUGUCGUUGUGGUCGGAAGCAUGCAGCUCGUGGAUAGACGAAAUGCCACAGAAGUCCCAAGAUGCGAUCGAUGUUGGUGAGCGCGAACAAAACUAUACCAGUGAUGCCUACCAGGAGGCUGUGCUGGAGUUUUACAAGCUUCAUUUGUGCCGGACAUGGCCCGGUCCCGAUUUUCUCCAGGCCAGCCUCGAGUGGCUGGGGAAAGACGACACCGUAUACAUGACCAUGAACGGUCCCUCGGAGUUCACAGUUACUGGAAAUCUAAAAGAUUGGGAUAUACGAUCGGAGCUGCACAAAAUCGAUGUGCCAACGCUCAUACUGAACGGCGAGUUCGACGAGGCACAGGAUUCAUGUGUCAAGCCUUACUCCGAGCUCAUCAAGAACUCCACUUGGCAUACAUUCCCGGGUCUCAGUCAUAUGAGCCACAUAGAAGAUCUCGAUGCAUACCUGGAGGUUCUGCGGCCGUUCCUCACCACAAGCAGGGGGUCCAGCUCCCCAAGCUCAAGCAUCAGCGCCUCAGCGACUGCCGGCGGCGCGAGUUCGGGUGCGACUGCUGGUUCGUCCGCUGAUCAGGUCCGCGUUGGGGUGGGAUUCAUGGGUGGUGUUGUCGCUGCAGGUGCCGCCUUUGCUUUAUAA